CGUCUAUGAGCUCUUUGUGGUGUGUCACCAUUCUGGGGGAAUUCAGGGUGAUCAGUACAUGGUCGAAAUAAAGUCAGUUGAAAAUGAUUGCUGGUACCGCUUCACUGAAACCCAGGUGCAAGAGAUCCCAGAAGGACAGAUCUGCUUGGAUGAACAGCACAGUGCCACCGUAUCUCUGUUAAUGUACCACAGGGUGAAUUCUGAUGCUAGGCCAAGUAUUCCUGCUGUGACAUCUGCUGAGUCUAUGGGGAACUUAGACACUGAUGAUACAUCCAGCCAAGGCUCCUCACCUGCACGUGAAACUCAGAUUUCUUGGGAGAUGGAGAAUGCUGCCAUGCAAGAGGGUGGAUCACCAGCUUCCAUCAGGAGCGCACACCCAGAACAGCCAUGCUGUGUCAGACCAAAGGUCCAUCUAGCCCAGUCUCCUGUCUUCCAACAGCGGCCAGUACCAGGUGCCCCAGAGGAAAUGAACAGAACAGGCACAUACGUGGGGCUGCGUAACCAAGGUUCCACUUGCUACUUAAACAGCCUGCUGCAGUGUCUCUUCUUCACGCGAGAGCUCAGAGACCACAUCCUCAGCUUCGAUAAUGGUGGUGACUCCAGCAUCGUGUGUCAGCUGCAAAAGCUGUUUCAAGAACUGAAGUGUAAUGAAUCAGCACCUUCCACCAAAGGAAUUACAAAGUGCCUUGGGGUGAGAGAUGUGCACCAGCAGCAGGAUGUCGCGGAAUAUUUCCGGAUUCUGAUGAAUAAAAUCGUUGAGGACAAAAAGGAGAUUCAGCAGCUAUACCAGGUGGAAAUGGUCCAUUCCAUCGUCUGCCAUGGAUGCAAACAGCAAACUAGAAUCAAGGAGAAUCCUGUCCUGAGUCUUGCUCUCUCUCUUGACAAGUGCAACUGUAAAGCGUAUUCUGUGAGUAAUGCAUUGGAUGCUGUCCAGGAAGAAAAUAAAUUUACUGGUGAUGAGCAGUUCUAUUGUGAAACAUGUGAAAGCAAACAAGAUGCCACAUCGCGCUGCUACUUUGAAACACUACCCCCGAUUCUUGUUCUGAAUUUGAAGAGAUAUCAGUUUGAUGGUAACUGGUUUAGAAAGCUGCAUUAUGAGGUGUCUGUGCCUUUUUCACUGCCUGUGAAUUUGAAAGGACAGACUGCUGAGAACAUGGACUUUCCACUGAGCCCUCAGUAUGAGCUCUUUGCAGUGUGUCACCAUUCUGGAGGAAUUGAUGGUGGCCAUUAUGUGGCUGAAAUAAAAUCAUAUGAAAAUGAGUGCUGGUACUCCUUCAACGAUACCGUGGUGAAAAAGAUGCCAGAAGACAUGAACACAAUGGGUGCCAAGGACAGUUCCACUGCAUAUCUGUUAAUGUACCGCAAGCCAAGGAUGUAUGUGGGGCUGCGUAACCAAAGCUGCACCUGCUAUUUAAACAGCCUGCUGCAUUGUCUCUUCUUCACGCGAGAGCUCAGAGAGGCCAUCCUCAGGUGCGAUAAUGUUGGUGACUCCGUCAUUGCGUGCCAUCUGCAACAGCUGUUUAAAAAGCUGAUGACUGGUGAUUCAUCACCUACCACUGAGAUUACAAGAGCCCUCGAGAUGGGCAAUGUGCGCCAGCAGCUAAAUGUGAAGGAAUGUUUCCAGCUUCUGAUGAAUAAAAUCAUUGAGGACAAAGAAGAUAUUCAGCAGCUAUACCAGGUGAAAAUGGUCCACCGCAUCACUUGCCAUGGAUGCCACCAUCAGAAGAUGCUGAAGAAAUCCAAUCUGAGUAUUUGUGUCUCAGUUCAGAAACAAAGUUCUAAUUGUGCGCUUUAUUCUGUGGAUCAUGCUUUGGCUGAUAUGCAGGAAGAACAUCCCUAUACUGGGGAUGGCCAACACUAUUGUCAAUGCUGUGGAAACCAAAGAAGCACACAGUGCUACUGUUUUGAAACUCUACCUCAGAUUCUGGUCAUCCAUUUGGAGAGAGAUCCGGUUGACAUUAAUGCUGGGGUGUCUGUGCCCCUCUCACUCACGCUAACAACAGGCAAGCAGCUUUACACAGACUAUGAGCUCUUUGGAAUAUGUCACCAUAUUGGAGCAAUUCAUGGUGAUCAUUACACAGCUGAAGUAAAGUCAUUGGAAGAUAAUCACUGGUACCACUUCAAUGAUAAAGGAGUGUCUGAGGUCUCAGAAGAACAGAUCUCUUCAAAAGUCCAGAACAGUGGCACCGUAUCUCUGUUAAUGUACCACAAGGUGAAUUCUGAUGCUAAGCCAGAUUCAAGCAUGUGGGGGAGGCUUUCCCCAGUAACAGGGUGUGCUGAACUGAUGAGGGCAGCUGAUCCUCAGCGGAAACCAGACAGCAAAAAGAAAAAAAAGCUCAAGUAAAUUUCAGAGCACUAAGUCACCUCUUCCAUUUGAGCCGAUGAGUUGCCCAUAGAGGAGAAAAUUGUGUGCAGUUUUUCAUAGAUUUCAAGGCCAGGAGGGACCACUGUGAUCAUCUAGUCUGACCAUAUAUCACAACCCAGAGAACUUCCCCAAAACAUUUCCCAGAGCAGAUCUGUAAGAAAAAUAUCCAAUCAUGAUUUAAAAAUUGUCAGUGAUGGAGAAUUCACCACGACCCUUAGUAAAUUGUCCCAAAGUUUAGUUUCCUCACUGUUAAAAAUAUUACACCUUAUUUCCAGUCUGGAUUUGUCUAGCUUCAGCUUUCAGACAUUGUAUCAUGUCAGACCUUUCUCUGCGAGACUGAGGAGCCCACUGUCAAAUAUUUCUUCCCCAUGCAGGUCCUUAUAGACUAUGAUCAAGUCAUCCCUUAACUUGCUCUUUAUUAAGCUAAAUAAAUUGAGCUCAUUGAGUCUCUCCAGGGCAGCUGACAGACUUGCUGGGCCCCUGGGCAAGGUGUGUGUGUGUGUGUAUGUGGCUCUGGGCCCCCGGAAGGGGCAGGGCCUCAGGUGGAAGGGGCAGGGCUGAGGCCCUUCAGCACUGCCCGGACCGGGCUGCCCAGGGCCCCAGCAGCGAUUUUAAAGGGCCCAGGGCUCUGGCUUCUGCCAUUGCUGGGUAGCAGCAGUGGUGGCCCUGGGCCCUUUUAAAUUGCCGUCCCCCCACUUACCCCCCCACCGGCAGCCCUGAGUCUCUCACUACGAAACCUGUUUUCUAAUCCUUUAAUCAUUCUCUUGGCUUUUCCCUGAACCCUCUUCAACUGAUCAACAUCUUUCUUGAAUUGUGUGCACCAGAACAGGACACAGUAUUCCACCCGUGCCAAAUAGAGAGGUAAAAUAACCCCUCUACUCGGACUUGAGAGUUUUUUUGUUGUUACUGAAGACCACUUACUCCUCCCAGGCCUAGGGUUGCCAACUCGGUUGGACCAGGCGUACCGGACGCCAUUUGCCAGAAAAGCCACCACAACAUUAAAUAUACUUUUUAAAAGCAGAAUUACUUCCUGUGUGACAUGUUCUCUGGAAAACAUGGUUUGAUAAUGGAGUAGGUGGAAAGCAUGAACAUCUUGUCACAACAAGUUUCUAGAAAAGAUAUUUCACUCAAGAGCUCUGUAGCCUUGCUGCCAGGUGUUGUUGGCAGCGAAAAAGAGGGCCGGGUUCAAAUGUCUGGGGUUUCCUCUUAAAAUUAGCCAACACCACUGGCAUGAGCCCCCACCCAGAAACCUGGGGGGAAAACUGAAUACCUUAGCAGCUGAUAUUUUCCCCCUCUCAAGCACUGAGUCUGUGUAUGAAGCAAGGAAAUAUUUAUUAAGGAAAAAGAACAUAGCAACAAUAAACCAGCAAUAUAUCCAUACAAAUAACGAGUACAACACCCAUCCCCAUGAUAUUCUAGGCAGUAGUCUUCCACAUAGUUUCCUGCUUGACUGCUUGAAUGUCUGUUGAACAAAGAUCCCUUAAACACAUCACUCUCCCCCUUUGUCCCUCUGCUACAGCCCACUCAAGGUUUGUUGCUAGUGGUCGUGACACUGAGCCAGAAUGGGUUAAGAGUAGAAAUCGUGUUAGUCUGUAUCCGUAAAAAGAAGAGGAGGACUUGUGGCACCUUAGAGACUAACAAAUUUAUUAGAGCAUUAGCUUUUGUGAGCUACAAAUGGGUUAAGUGACUAGCAAGCUAAAUGACCCAAAUUCAACCUUUAAAGACAUCUUAGAAAAAUAUAUAAAGCUAGCAAAGCCCUGUCAGAUGGACUAGAACUUUCAGAUGUAGACUUGUAUUGUUAGCGAAUUAGAAGAAGAUAGCGAUUGCAUUUGUCUGUGUUUACCUAUAUCUUGUUAGGGGUUAAUGAGGUAACCAGAUGCUUUCUGUCUGUUACUAUAGUCUAGUGCAGGGGUCGGCAAUCUUUCAGCAGUGGUGUGCUGAGUCUUCAUUUAUUCACUUUCAUUUAAGGUUUUGCGUGCCAGUAAUACGUUUUAACGUUUUUAGAAGGUCUCUCUCUAUAAGUCUAUAUAUUAUAUAACUAAACUAUUGUCAUAUGUAAAGUAAACAAGGUUUUCAAAAUGUUUAAGAAGCUUCAUUUAAAAUUAAAUUAAAAUGCUGAUCUUACGCCUCCAGCCCGCUGCCAGCCUGGGCCAUUCACUGAGGCUGGCAGCAGGCUGGGCGGGGCCUGCAGCCAGGACCCCAGACCGGCAGCGGGCUGAGCGGGGCCGGCGACUGGGACCCCAGACUGGCAGUGGACAGAGCGGCUCAGCCCGCUGCUGCUCAGCCUGUUGCCGGUCUGGGAUCCCGGCUCUGCCCACAUAGAGUGGGUACCUACCUUCUCCCUGGUUCUAGCCUAUUCGCUUCCUCUCUCUCUGCACUGAGCUGAGGGUGGGAGUGCACUGAGCACAGG